CGUUUGAGUAUUAGUAGGCUAAUACUCCGUGUUUUUUUAGGAUUGAGUGUUGAGAGACUUUGCCAAACCGUUCUGCUGUAUGCUGCUUUCAGGAAACAAUGACGCACACAGGGGCAGGGUCUGCUACUAUUGAACUGGGAAAAGUUCUUGUCUGACGUUCAUUUGAAGACAUUUUCUUUCGCAUCUUCUGCUUGACAGGGACAAUAGAAUGGGAUUUUACCACAGAAUAACUUUGGCACUGGCAAUAAUUUGCCUUUUUGUGGACAGCGGACUGGGAGCCCCACUCACAGGAAGAUAUAUGUUCGUGAAAUGCAACCCGGAUCUUAAGAAUGCAAACUGUGUCACACAGGUGGGCCCCUUGGUGCCCCUAUCAGGGAAAAGCUCUCGACUUCCACCUUCUGCUGCAAAACACAUAUUCCCAGUUAGCACAGAGGAAGCCACUCCUGAGACAGAGGAGCAGUCAGGAGAGGGUUCAGGCAACUCCGACACCUUCGCUCCGUUUAGAACCAUGGAUCAGCGGAUGAUGAGAGACGCUCCAGUGCCAACAAGAAGCCAACAAGAAGCCAACAAGAACGAAGAGGAGGGAUCGGCUGUCGAAUCCAGUGGAGACAUUUAUUUAUCCCAAUAUGAUUCAACUCGGAAAACAGAUUGGCUUUCUGAACAGGAUUUGAAAGAGGAAAACAUUAUUGCAUAAAGGGCUACAUUACAUCUCAUGUGCUUUUUCUUUUUUAUACAAUAUAAGCCAUAUGGGAUGGUGCUGUUUUGGUCACAGAUUAUUAAUAAUUAAUAUAUAUUCUUAAAAUGUGGCAUGCUCUGCAAAGGUUUAUUAUAUUCCAGUUUCCAUUGUAAGGAUCUAUUUUUAUCUGCUCUUCAUCUUUGAAACUUUAUAUUUUUAUUAUUUUAUUUACUCUUAAUGUCCACAGUUUGACCCAUGAUCUGUAUUAAAACAAUAUUUGUAAUUUUGGGAUGGAAAUAGGCAAUUGAAAUAAAAUGUUUGGAUAGCAAAAAGGUA